AUGUCUUCGAAUAAUACGAACGGAUACUUCGGUCCUGUAUACACGAGUCCGUCUAAGCUGCCCCAUCCCCCUAUUGCGGCCUUCAAGCGCAGGAGAAUAGAGGGUGCGAGCGUCGCUGCCGACGCCGUCACCGGGGCUGCUGUCUGGGCUGGAUAUAUCCACGACCAGAACCGACCGCCGACGCCGCAUUGGCAGAGUGCCAAUUCUUUAUAUCCUCAGGUGCCAAACAUGCAGCGACACCUUCCGCGAGCUGUUGAACAUUCGCCAUCGCCGUAUCAAUUAGGCCUCUUCCCGACGCCCAUGUACGAACCGAACUAUGAGAGUUCUAGCGCAGAAGGUCUCAUGCCACAGUUCUAUGGAUCGGCCAACCUGGCGGGCGAGCGUCAACAGCGGAUACAUCCUGUGGCUGGGAGCCAAGCUUUAUCUGCACGUCCCACUCGACCUCUGCCGAAUUCCACAGUCAAGGAGAACUCCAUGGCGCCUCAUUCUUUAGGCGCUGGCAACCAUAUGCUCUGGCCCACUUCGUCAGCACUUGCGGCCACCGCGUCUAAGAUCUCUGGCAAGCGUAAGACUGUCAACUACACGUCUCACUUCUCGGACCUCGAGUUGAUGAAUGGAGUCCGACGCCCCACCCAUUAUUCCUAUGGCCGCUAUCCUGCCUUGGCGGUCCAAGUGGACAGCUAUACCUCGAUGGCGGGGCUGCCCAACCUCCCGGCGGCAGCGCCCCCAGCUUCAACUCAUGACUUAUCGUCUGAGCGGCCAAGUCCUGCAACGGAAGAUGGAGGGUUUGUCCAGCAGACGAUUGCCACUAAUCCUCAACCCCUUUCGCCACCUGAGGGACUCCCUAUUGGUGCAUGGAUUCCCGUUUCCGAGGAUUCCUCUUACUUGCCGUCGGGUUCUGGGGCCCCGACAACGGCCGAUGCUAGAGGUCGAUCGCCCGAAGACUACACAACCCCGUCAGGCACUUCCAGUGCGCACGACGAGAGGCUUGCUGAACGUGGGCAUCUGGAGAGAGAAGACGAGUCCCCCGCGACUCUAGUUGUACCUGAUGCUCGGAGUAUCUCCAAGGCCUCAGGCAAACGCAAAGCUUCCGAGCACGAACAGGAGCUUUCCCAGACCGUGGACGAUCCGCUCCAGUUCUUAGACGAGACCCAAGAUUACGAUUUCGAAGGCCUGGCGGCAGUCUACUGGGCUGGAAUAUUUCCUGAUUACGCUGAUCUGACAUGGUCAAACGAAAGCGGAUUCAAUGGAGUGCCUGCCCUGCACACACCUCCUGCACCUCCGCCCGAGCUGGUAGCCUCAGAGCAUGCUUCUAUCACGGUGCAGGCUCCCUCUCUGGAUGAAUCCGCACCCUUUCCGCCAUCGUCUGUUGUCAACGAGGCUGAAGACUCGCAACCUCCUGUGACUCAUGUUGGAAACCGUGCACUCGAAGGGCUCCCCUCUUCCUCCCUGGCUUCCACCCGCCUUGAUGGUGCAGACUUGGGCAGUGCGUCAUCUAGGUCCGCGCCCACUGGCAGCUCCUCGGAAGGCUCAUCGGCGGCUGCACCAGAGGGAGAAACCCAGUCAAACCAGUCCUCCAGUGCCACAGCAGAUGCUUUGUAUGAAUGCGGUUUGGACGGAUGUACCAAGAUGCUGGAUGGGAAGGCGCUGACGCUGAAGCGACAUCUCUCCGUUCAUUAUUCCAGAGUCAAUUCCGAGGGGGAGAAAGAAACACCGUCACAGAAGGAGCGCGUGCUGUGCAAGUAUCCCAGAUGCACCCGUGAUGAACCGUUACAGUUUGGCAAUCUGGUUAAGCAUGUCCGACAUACCCACUGGAAGGUCGGUCAGACGACAUGUGACAAAUGCUGGGGCACAUACGAGCGUCGGAGCGCGUAUGAACCUGAGCGUCAUUGGAGGGUAUGUCCAGCCAAUCCUGCAAACACAAAGGAUGAGGCACCUCCUGUGUCUCGCCCCUCCACGAAGAGCAAGAGAGCGAAGAGACAUGUAGCUUGUCAGGUACAAUAG